AUGCUGAAUCCCGAAUCCCCGGAUCCCAAAUCCCCCAAUCCCGAAUCCCUGAAUCCCGAAAUCCCCGAAAUCCCCGAAUUCCCGAAUCCCGAAAUCCCGAAUUCCCGAAUCCCCGAAAUCCCCAAAUCCCGAAUCCUGGAAUCCCCAGAAUCCCGAAUUCCCAAAUCCCGAAUCUCUGAAUUCCGAAUCCUGAAAUCCCCGAAAUCCCCGAAUCCCCAAAUCCCCGAAAUUCCCCAAUCCCCCAAUCCCGAAAUCCCCGAAUCCCGAAUCCCCGAAAUCCCCAAAUCCCGAAUCCCCGAAAUCCCCAAAUCCCGAAUCCUGGAAUCCCCAGAAUCCCGAAUUCCCAAAUCCCGAAUCUCUGAAUUCCGAAUCCUGAAAUCCCCGAAAUCCCCGAAUCCCCAAAUCCCCGAAAUUCCCCAAUCCCCCAAUCCCGAAAUCCCCGAAUCCCGAAUCCCCGAAAUCCCCAAAUCCCGAAUUCCCGAAUUCCCCGAAUCCCGAAUUCCCGAAAUUCCCGAAUCCCGAAUCCCCGAAUUCCCGAAUCCCGAAUUCCCGAAUCCCGAAUCCCCGAAUUCCCGAAUCCCGAAUUCCCGAAUCCCGAAUUCCCGAAUCCCGAAUCCCCGAAUUCCCGAAUCCCGAAUUCCCGAAUCCCGAAUCACCAAAUCCCGAAUCUCUGAAUCCCGAAUCCUGAAAUCCCCGAAAUUCCCCAAUCCCAAUCCCCGAAUUCCCGAAUCCCGAAUCCCGAAUCCCCAAAUCCCCGAAAUCCCGCAUCCCGGAUCCCGCGGCGGGGCGCC